AUGGAAUCAUCUGCUUUUCCAGGAUGGUGGCUGACUGGGAAGACAUUGAAAGGUGAGCUACGUCCAAGACAAAAGAACAUUAAUAUAUCUCGUAAUCAGAAUGAAUGUGAAUGUGAAUAGAAGCUAAAUGGCAUGCCUUUUCCUAACCAAAUCUAUUUUUUUCUUACAAAUGCAUGAGAAGUUAAGAUCUACCAACCUUCCUUGAUCUAUGCACUCUUCAGAGACCACACCACUAUGUUAAAGGUCUCGCUGCUGUUUCUCUCCCACUUCCUGGUCAGUUGGCAAGCUUUGUGUUUUGCCACUAUUGCUGUGCCACUCAUAUCAAUUUUACUAGUCUAUUUGGACUAGCAGCAAAAUGCACCAAAAUUGGCACAAGCCCUGUGUGGAUUGUGGAUAUUGGACAACCCAGAUCCCAAGGCCUCACCUGAAAGAACCUACAGAUUAGUCUGGGUAUAGGGAUGGGGGGAAACUUGGUCAACUGUGUUAAAUCUGUCUAAUAAUUCACAUUUCUUCAAAUCAUGUGUGAACCAAAACACAGUCAUUCUUUGAAAUUCGUACUUCUCUGGAUUUUGAAAGGCAUUUCUCCAACCCAAUAAUGCUGAUGAAUUUUCUUGAAGAAUUAAUGAGGAGGCCAUCUUGGCUGUGAUUCCUGGAAGAAUUGUUCCCUGCCUUGCAGGCCUUUCCCCCCUGACUCCAGCUACAAAAAGUGAAGGUGUUGAAAAGACUCUUGGGUUGGAGUGUUGUUGGGUUUUUGUUGUUGUUGUGGGAGGUUGCUGCUGUUACUGAUCUUUUGUAAAUCUCCUGCUCUCUUUUUUUGCCCAGGACAAUCUUAUCCCAAGCCUUCCAUCUCAGUGGUCCCCAGUAAAAUUGUCCCCCUGGGAGGCAAUGCUACCAUCCGCUGCAAGGUGCGCAGUGAAGACUAUGCACAAGCAACAUUUGUUCUGUUCAGAGAACUGGAUUCAUCUUUGCAUGCUUCAGUGGUCAAGAAGUCAGAGUGGAAUGAGGUUGCAUUUUUCUUCGCCAAUGUCAAACUAUCAGAUGGUGGGAACUACCGGUGCCGAUAUUGCUUCAACUCUUUCUCUGGCGACAGCUGCUCACCUUUAAGUGACAGAGUAAAGGUCAAGAUAAGAGGUGAGAGCUGGCUGAGUCAAAUUUAGAGAUGUACAUGAAGUUUUCUAAACUUGAGUCUGGAAAUGAGCUUUGGGGGGGAAAUAAAAAUAGAAGAGAAUUUAUGAAACCUAAGUUCUUCUCUGGCUCAGACUAAAAUCUGAGCCAGGGAAGAAUUCCUGUCUUCCCUCUCAUCCUCCCUCUCAGCCUUUCUGAGCUCACAAAUAUAUUGCCAUCCUUCCCUUUGAAGCCUUACCAUGUGGCAGCAGCACCACUGCAGCAGCCCAGCUGUGGGGGCUGAAGGAGAGGGGAAGAGAGUCUGUCUGUGUCUCCUUCCUGGGUCCUUAUGCAGCUGUGCACUAUGCCAAGACAAAAGAUGCCAUGGCCUAUGGAAAAUGCAGUAUAGUUUCUAAUCUAUGCAAACCAAGGCUUUUUAGUGUACAGGCACCAGCAAUUUGGAACACUAUUCCUACUGAUGUCAGACAGGCACCUACAAUCUCGAUAGAUUUCAGUAUGCUGAAAACACAUUUGUUUCACCAAACAUUUUAGAGAACUAAGUUGACUCAGUGUUGGUCAUUUGUUCUGGAUUUUAUGCUUUUAUAACUUUAAGAUUUGAAAGUUUUAUGGUGUUUCUGAACUGGUUGGCGAUUCGAAUCCCCGCGAUGUGGUGAGCUCCCAUUGCUUGGUCCCUGCUCCUGCCAACCUAGCAGUUCAAAAGCAUGACAAAGUGCAAGUAGAUAAAUAGGUACUGCUCCGGUGGGAAGGUAAAUGGCGUUUCUGUGCGCUGCUCUGGUUCACCAGAAGCGGCUUAGUCAUGCUGGCCACAUGACCCAGAAACUGCACGCUGGCUCCCUUGGCCAAUAAAGCAAGAUGAGCGCUGCAACCCCAGAGUCGGUCACGACUGGACCUAAUGGCCAGGGGUCCCUUUACCUUUACCUUAAGUUGACUCAGUGUUGGUCAUUUGUUCUGGAUUUUAUGCUUUUAUAACUUUAAGAUUUGAAAGUUUUAUGGUGUUUCUGAAUGAUUUUACUGUACACCACCUUGAUUUUCUUUCAAUGACAGUUUAUACACAUUCUUCUAAAAAGCAUAAGAACUAAAGAAGAGUCCUGCUGGAAGAGGCCAAUGGGCCAUCUAGUUAGUUCAGCUACUUGUUCUCACAGUAGCCAAACAGAUGCCUCAAUGGGCAACCCACAUGCAGAAAUCCUCUCCUCUCCUGUGAUUUGUAGCAUCUGCCCCAGACCAUGAAGGCAGAGCAUAGCCAUUGUGACUAGUAGUCUUCUCUUCCAGGAAUCUGUCCACUCUUCUUUUGAAGCUGUCCUAGUGGGAGACCAUCACUGCCUCCUGUGGGUUCCAUGAGUUCCACGGUUUGAUUAUGCACUGUGUGAAGAAGUCCUUUCUUUUACCUGUGCUGAAUCUCCCACCAUUCAGCUUCAUGGGAAGCCCACAAAUUCUAGCAUUCUCAUAUAUAUGUACACUGUGUGUGUGUGUGUGUGUGUGUGUGUGUGUGUGUGUGUAGUUCUCCCAAGGGGUACUGUCAGGAGUGGAAAGGUCCUGUGAGCCAGUGUGGUGUAGUGGUUAAGAGCGGUAGACUCGUAACCUGGUGAACUGGGUUUGCUUCCCCGCUCCUCCACAUGCAGCUGCUGGGUGACCUUGGGCCAGUCACACUUCUCUGAAGUCUCUCAGCCCCACUCACCUCACAGAGUGUUUGUUGUGGGGGAGGAAGGGAAAGGAGAAUGUUAGCCGCUUUGAGACUCCUUAAAGGGAGUGAAAGGCGGGAUAUCAAAUCCAAACUCUUCUUCUUCCUCUUUCACUCUACCUCCUUCUCCAGCGAUACAUUAAACCAGGAUGGGGAACCUGCGGCAGAUUCCCCACCUUCCAAAUCUCAGUUCUCUUCUUUUUCUCACCCAGCUCUGCAUUUUCCCAAGCCUUCCAUCUCAGUGAGCCCCAGUAAUAUCGUCAAGUUGGGAGGAAAUGUCAUGAUCCACUGUAACAGUCAAGGCUACCAAGAUGUAGAGUUCCAACUCUACAAAAAAGUGGGUCCAUCUUUGUUUCAUGUUGUAAUGGAGAAAGACCGGCAAAAAGGGGUCAUAUUUGCUAUUGCCAACGCCACACUAUUCCACGGAGGAAUCUACCGGUGUACAUAUUGUUUCAAGUCAACCUUCUGUGAACUGUGCUCAAAUUUCAGCAACAGCAUAUAUAUCUACAUAAGAGGUAAGGCUGUUUGUGUGUUUUACCACCCCACCACCCCAAAAAAUAAAUGGCACUAACAUGGAUUUUGUAUUCCCUGCAGCUGUAUAUCAAAGGGAAAAGCUGCAUUAGCUAAAACAUACAAGGUGUUUUUAAAAGAGGCUCUUUCCCAUGCUGUGCCAGGAUUGGAGUAUCAUUAGCAAUCUUCUCAGAUGGUGCAUUCCAGGCUGAAACACAUUAUUUGCUGCUGAAUUUAGCAGGAUAUGUAGACACAGGCUGCCUACACACUGACCUCUCCAGGGUUUCAGACUGGGGGUAUUUCCCAGUCAUAUGUAGUGAUGCUGAGGACUGAACCUGGCACCUUCUCCCUGCAAAUCAUUUCCCAGUAAGCUGUGGUCCAUCUGGUCAUGGACAUAGGAAUAUGAAGAAGAAUGGCAGCAAACAAAGGCUUGUUUCAUUUAAGCAACUCUGGUUGAAACUGAAGUUUCAGGAUUUUUUUAGUGAGAGUCUGUCCACCCUGUGAAAAUAAAUCCUGGUUUGGAGCUGCUUUAGGUUCUGAAAUACUAGAACUACAGGCUAUGGAGGAACCUUCUAAAUACUGUACACAUUCAGUUUAUUUGCAGUGGUUCCCAGAGCUGCUCAUAAGCCCCUGAAAGUUUUGAGAUGGGACAGGCUUCAAUUCUACCUUCUGACCAUCAGGUGGCAAACGUCUACCAAAAAUUGGAAUGGAGAUAAACCACACUGUGAUGCAUGCAAGAAUGGAAAAAAAAAUUGAUUUUGGUUUGAAAGCCAAACUUUUGCAUGAAUGGAACUCUGUAACCUGAUUGAAUUAUGCAAAUAUGUAUAUACUUCCUUUCUCUGCAUUAAUUUUGCGACUAGUGCUCAUGCUUCCUUACUGCAUAUAAUUCUUCUAUGAAUAAUGGGGGGCGUGGCAGGGAAGAGGUAUGAAUGGCUGCCACUGAAAUCCUGGCCAUUAGAAUUCUGGUUUAGCACUUUGGCUUCUGAGCUGGGACUUGACAUUGCCCCAAACAUAUCAAAUGCAUGUAUCAAAGUGAAUUGGAAACCCACUUUUACCUGGCAAAACCUUAGAUUCCCAGGAUUUUUACAACUCAUUGAAAAGUCAGGUGAUAGCAUUUCUCAGCAAUGAAGUCUUUUUAAAUUAAGGUAUGUACAUUGUUGCUGUUUUUUUUUAAAAAAGUAUAAUGUUAUUUCAAAUUUAAUAGACUAGACCAUAAUGUAAACAUAACUUUUAUAUGCACUGGGAAACAAACAAAUAAAUGUGCAAUUGACUUUACUGUGAUAUUUGCUUUAUUGCGGUGGUCUGGAACCAAACCCACAACAUAUCUCUGAGAUAUGCCUGUAUUAUAGUAGCAGAAUGAGACUGGCUGAGUAGGAGAUGAAUUGACUGACAUGGUCAUUAGCAGGAGAUAUUCCUUGAUUACCGUAAACAUUGCUACUCCCUGCCUCCCCUUUUAUUCCAACACGUAGAUCCCAGCCUCUCCAAACCAUCCAUCGGAAUGAGACCUGGGGACCCACUUGCUGAAGGCUUCAAUGUCACCAUCGAGUGUCAUGGACCAGAGAAUGGCCUGAACUUUUCUUUGCACAAGUCCAGCAACCUGAUAGCAUGGCAGAUGGCAGAAUCGGAUGGAAACACAUCUGAGUUCUCUCUUUCCAUGAUCAGGCUGGAGGAUGAAGGGAAUUAUACCUGUCAGUAUCACCGCAGAGGACAUGCCUUUCUGUGGUCGGAGCCAAGUGACGCAGUGAGGUUGGAACUUGUGACAGGUGAGGAGCCUGGCUUUGUGACUUUGUUUUCCUUCCUUCUGUGUAUAUGGCAGGAGUUUGGGGAACUGUGACGACCAAAGCCAAACACCUCUAUGGCGGAACCAUGGCCACAUAGCACAGAAUGGAGUAUCCAUGUGAUUCGACUCCACUGGCAAUGGCUAAGUAUAUGUGGGUUCAGCCCCGACAAAAGAGCAGUGGCAAGAGAAAUGGAUGAACUAUGCAGAACUGGCUAAACUGACAUACAAAUUGCGAGAUAAGGACAACUGUGACUUUAAAGAAGAAUGGGAACUUUUUACAAACUACUUAAAAAGGCAACAAAAUGAAUUGGACUCCUUGGCAGGUUUUGAAUAAACAUACACAAAUAUAUUGAUUGUUAACAUAGUAGACAGAUAAUAUAAGGAUUUGUGCAAUUUUACAAUAUGCAGAGAAUAAUAUGUGUUGAGAAAUCAGAGAGAGGAGCUGAGGGAAGUCUGAGGGGGGAGGGUUCGAUGGGGAGGUGGGGGAAGGGGGGAAAUGAAUAUGACAUGUUUUGAUAUUUUGUUAUGUUGAAAUUGUUAAUAAAAUAAAAAUAAAAAAGUAAGUGUGGGUUCAGGAAUGAAUAAGGAGGUACAUUUGAAGCCUGAGGGAGAUGGAGACAGCCCUGGGAAUUGUGGGAAGCAUAUGGUUGUAUUUACAUGAUUGUGUUUGGGACCACGUUAUCCCUCUUUGAUAUUCUGAUGCAUCGGGGGUGGCUAACCCACAGCAUGUGGAUUAUAUCCAGUCCCACUAAACUUUUUCAUUUGCUUAAUAUCCUGCCCUUCCGCCUUCCUCUGCUGCCACCAUCUCCACCAGUAGCUUCAGACUCAGGCUCAGGUUCCUCCAGGUCCUCUUCUUGAGUUCCUCAUUGCAAGUCCUCACAAUCUGCCAAUGCAUUCCCAACUGACCCCCCCAGGCAGUGCUGAACCUGACCUUCUGCUCUCUUCAGCCAGGACCAUCCAACCAAUCCAUUGGUGGAUGAAAUUUCAAGCCCACAUUAUGGACCAGUAAUUCUGAACGGAACACCCAGCAAGUGACCAAUCACAAACUGACCACUUUUGGAUGCUCCUGCAUUUGCAUAAAAACUGAAACGCAACAUGUAUCCCUGCUAUCUUAUUAGUGGAGCUGUCAGUUGGUCCACUGCAUGCAGACUUAGUAUGCUUUGUAUUAUCUCUCUGACUCUAGUCAGAAGGAAAAGGCAAGUGGAGUAGAUUAGAAGACUGCUUCCAUUGGCAGGUAGAUCCAGCAGACUGUUCUUAGAAAUCAGAAGUAAGUCUCGCUGGACUCAAUGGGACUAAGUAUGCUGAGGGCUGGAAGUUAGAAAGUCAAUUUGGAGGAUGGGAGGACCUCGACGGCUCUAGAGAGUCAAAAUAUAGGUGAUGAAAAGAAAUGUAAAAAAUGUACGGUGUUUUUUGAAAAUGAAAAUGUUAAUAAAUAUCAUUUUUUUUAAAAAAUAAGUAUGCUGAGGGCCACAGCCUUGGGGUAAUCUCCCUCCCCACCCUGCCUUCACAACCAGCAAUUGAGUAACUCUUCUCUGUCUCACUCUGCAGCAAACACUUUUACAUCCAUGGAGAUCAACAUCCGCCUGGGAGUUGCUGGCUUGGUCCUGCUUUCCUUGGUGCUGAUCGUGGCUGAGUUCAUGUGCAGCAGGCAAGGCUGAGAAGCUCUGACUCGACUCAGUUCCAUGAGUCAAGACACCUCCUUGAGACAUCCGAGACAAGCAAAGCCACAGGAAUCCCAUAGAGACUGGUUUCAUUUCUUAUUCAUCAGAAUCCCAAAUUUCUAUUCUGUGAUAACACCAAGGAAUCUUUUCAGAAGGGGUUGGGAUGGGGGUGAGAAUACUGGAGGCUUCUGUUUUCUGCGCCUUUUUUGAGCUUUUAUGUAAAUUUGGAACACUUAACUUACUGUUCAGCUAAGUUCUUCUCAGAGAAAGCCC